AUGCCUGACGGAGACAAGACAAACGACCUGAAGGAAAGAAUAGCACUUUUUGUAGAUGAGUUGAAAAAAGGCUCUACAAAUGGCUCCUGUGAUAUUGCCAUCAAAACCAUAAACUUGUUAAUCAGAAUAAUAUCUCAGGCCAAGUUUACAAGUGCAAGAGAUCUCUUGAAACAUGUUAGAACAGAAGGCAAAAAUAUUCAGGCUGGAGAUCCGUCUGAAAAUAUUGUUGGCAACAUGGUACGCAGGGUGCUGAAGAUUAUUAGAGAGGAGUACAGGAUGCUGCUAUCUCCCGCUGAUGAAAGCAAUCUUUCUUCAGAUAUGCAGAGUCUAUCAAUAUCAGAUGCAGGAGAUGAAGACGGAGAUGACUACAGUAAAUCAUUGCCUAAUUUGAAGGCAUCAGUCAUUGAAGCAGUUACAGAAUUGAAAACUGAAAUUGAAGGAUGCGUUGAGAACAUUGCAGCUCUGGCUCCCAGCUAUAUCCACAAGAACGACAUCAUUCUGACCAUUGGCAGGUCAAGGACAGUAGAAGCCUUUCUCAAGAAUGCUGCUUUCAAGGGUAUACAAUUUCAAGUCCUAGUUUCUGAAGGAGCACCAUUUUAUCAGGGUCAUGAAAUGGCAAAGAACCUGGCCAUGGCAAAGAUUAACACCACUCUGAUAACUGAGUGCCAAAUUGGAACCAUCAUGCCUAGAGUCAACAAGGUUAUCAUUGGAACACACUCUUUCAUGGCAAAUGGAGGACUGAAAGCUGCCACAGGAGCCAAUAUCACUGCGGUUUUAGCCAAGGAACAUAACAAGCAUGUAAUAGUGUGCUCCAGUUUGUACAAGCUUUCCCCUCUGUUUCACACGACUCCUAAACAUGCAUCUUUCAACAAGUUUGCCAGUCCUGCUGAACUGCUAGAUUAUGAGGAUGCUGAGCUGUUGUCCAAAGUUGAGGUGAUUGCUCCCAUCUUUGACUAUGUACCACCAGAGCUCAUAUCAAUGGUUGUUAGUAACAACGGUGCACAGUCAGUAUCCUACGUCUAUCGACUGGUGAAAGACUUUUAUCACCCUGAUGAUGUGGAACUGUGA